CUCCGACAGCGCUCCCAGCGGCGGCCCGGGGGCUCUCCGGGCCGCCAGGGCCCUGCCGCCGCCUUCUGCGGUGUCCCCCGGUGGGGCGGCGCGGCCGCCAUGUGGCGGCCCUGAGGAGGGCAGCGCAGCCCAGGGGUCGCGGGGAAGGUCGGCGGCGGCCGCCUUUGUCUUGCUGCCGGGGGUGGAGUUGCCAUAUCAUCUGAAGCUCAACCAUGGACCCUGAAGCUGAGAUAAAGAAGCAGGUAAACCCCUUCUACUGCAACAUUUGCAAAAUCUGGUGUGCUUCUGCAUUAAACUUGCAGACUCACUUCCUUGGAUUCAAGCAUAAGACGGUGGAAGAAGCACUGAAAGCUCAUGGUAUUGUUAAAGCUGCAGGUGGCACCGGAGAUCAAGUGAAAACGCCUGAAAAACUUCCUGACUAUGUGCAAACUGAGCCAGAGAGAUUUCAUGGACAGACUUUGGAAGAGCAACUUAACACAUGUAAAGAUUCAGAACCUGCACUCGGACUUAAUUAUAUAAUCGAAUACCGAUCAAAAGACAAUUUCCCUUUUCUCUAUGAGUGUCAACUGUGCCACUGUAAAACAGGACUGAGUAACAUGUUCAUGCACGUUUGCGGCUCCAAGCAUAGACUGGCAUACUUGAAACAACAUUAUCCUGAGAUAGCAGAAUCUGAUGAAGUUAAGGGUAAAGGCUCUGAACUCAACAGAAAAGUUAGGCAAGUUGCAUUAACAAUUGAGAAGAAAGAGGGAAGAAAACAAAUGAAGGUUGUUACGGAUGCCCCGAUGAUGAGGAGGAGAUGGCAAGAAUAUCCUAAUGCAGAUGACAGCCCUUCAAAAGCUAAAGUUCAGCAUGUGGAUACGUCGCUUAGUAAUGAAGAAGAAACAGAUUGUAAAAAUAAGGAUGGAAAAAUGCCAGACCCUAUUCAAGAAAAGACUGUUCAAGAGGAGCUGGAAAAAAGUCAGCAAGAACAGGCAAAACCAGAUGAGAAGGCUGAAACUAAUAAGCCUAUUGAAAGCAGCAAAGACAACAAGACUGAAGAAGACAGCAAAGGCAACGAUUCUGAAAAGUGUGAGACCAAUAAACAAUUGCAGGAAGAAAACGAGGAAUUUGAGCAAGAACCUGCAGCAAAUCUUGAGGAAUUCACUAGUCAAGAAGAACUGUUGGGUUAUUUGCAAAGUUUUGAGAUACUGAAUGAAGACGAUGCUGCUUUUAUCCUAAAAGUAACACAGACUCUCACAGAUGCACUGGUGGAAUAUCGUCAGCAGUCCGCAUCAAAAAAAGAUCUCUUAGAUACUGAACAUAAUGGAGGAGAAGUAUUGGAACAUUCCACGGAGCAACCUGACCUGAAUUCUGCAGACAUUAGUGAUUCUGAUACUGACUAUUCAAGCAGCCGAUCAGCUAAGAAGUCUUUAUCAGUAACUGAGGAAGAUGACCUGCAAAACUUCUCAGCUGGCACUUGGGAAGCAGCAUAUGAGAACAACAUCACUGCUGAAUUUUUGAACAGUGUAAGAAAUAUGAAUGUUGAGGAAGUUACUGCUACUCUACACAAAAUAGCAGCAGCAAACCCAGCUUUCAGAGGAAUUGAUAUUCCAAAUGUUGUAAGGAUCCUGACUGAAAGUGGGACUCUGAGAAGACCAAGCAAUGGCAGCACACAGUGACGUGGUAGUUAGCAGAGUUAAUACUGCAGCAUUUACUUUCUGUAAGUUUGAGAAUGUUCUUUUACUUGAUAUGAACUCAAUGUAGCUGAUUUUACUAUAUCCAAAUUCUGUACAGGGUUAUUUUAAUUAAAAAUUUGGUUAUGGGAUUCCUGUUAUUUAUUUCUCCAUGUGGCUGACAUUUCUGUAUUUGUGGAAAGGUUGUAAAGUUCAUGUUUCCCUUGCUGCUUAAACAUAUUUUUAAAACAGGUAGCUGUUGUUUUCCUAAAUAUUUUUGCAUUCUGUAUAUUGGCAAUCUAUUCUCUUCGUAUUGAUUCUUUUGGUUCUUUUACAAAGAGCUAACAACAGAAGGGAUAAUAGAAGUCAGCAGUUCAAAUUCAUGCUACAAGAAGUAGUUGGAAAUUAUUGCCUGUGGCUGCAGAGCCCUACUCAAAGGCUAUUGAAAUCAAAAAUCUCCUUCCAUGUAAGAAUAAUGAAUUGGUCUCCUCCUAUUUCUAAAUAAAGAUUAAUAAUAAAAACCCAGUGCUGUCAGUUCAGUUCUGAGCUGAGAAGUGCACGGACUAUAGGUAACUUAUUUAGCCUAGAUAAUUGGAAAAUUUAGCAGACUCAGCAGAGGUUUACUUGCUUGCAAACUCAGAGGUAUGUCCCAAGAGACGUAAGCGGACUAUGCUUAAGGCACACUGAAGUGGUAGUGAAAAUAUCUUCUGUCUUCUCUUAUGUGACCAGUAAGAGAAUAAAGUGAAAGUUGGCUUAUACUAUCCUUCAGUUCUGGCUCUUUUAAGGUAAACUUUUUUUCACCUACUGUAAUAGUGUUUUUGACUUAAUAUACGUGUGUGUGUAUAUAUAUAUGUAAGAUAUACACUUAUAUGUAUAAGUCCUAUGUGUUAACCACUACUAAUUUGGUAGGAGGAUAGAAAAAUGUUUUGGAUGGCUACAGAUUAAUGUGUUUGGAAAAAAUAAAAUUUUAAAAU